AUGCGCAAUAUUUAUGCCAAAGCCUGCACAACAUCUACAGAAUUACCCCCACAUGUAUUUUUUGUUGCCCAGAGUGCUUUUGAUGGAAUAUGUUCUCCACCUUCAGUUAUAACUUCCCAAUCUAUAUUGAUAACUGGAGAAAGCGGUGCCGGCAAAACAGAAAAUACAAGAAGAAUAAUUGAAUAUUUAAUUAAUGUUUCUGGAAAUUAUUCACAAAAAACACCAAAUUUAAACGAGGGCAGAAAAAGCAUAGAUUCUGCCCUGUUAGCAGCUGGGACAGUUUUAGAAGCUUUUGGAAAUGCUCAAACAAUACAUAAUGAUAAUAGCUCUCGUUUAGGAAAAUUUAUAAGACUUGAGUUUGAAAAUGGUGGCAGACUACGAUCAGCAUGCAUCGAUUGCUAUUUAUUGGAAAAAUCUCGCGUUGUAUGCCAGAAUCCGGGAGACAGGAAUUUCCAUAUUUUCUAUCGACUUCUCAAAAAUUCUUCGUUUUUGGCAUCUGAUAAGGCUCAAAAAAUCGCAAAUAAAAUAUUUGGAUAUUCUUUAGUCGAAGCUGAUUUAUUUAGAUUUUUGAAUCAAGGGAAUAUUGCCGAAAAGAGUGUGCAUGCUAAAUUUGUUGAUGAUCUGGAAGGAGGACGUGAGACUGAGCAAGCAAUUGAUCAAUUAGAAUUUACAUUGAAUGAAAAGAGUUGGAUUCGAGAAUUAAUGUUUGCCUGUAUUUUAAUUGGCCAAAUACGUUUUGGAGAACGUUCGGGGCUCGAUAUGAGUUAUGUAGAGGAAAUGUUGGAGAUUGAGGCUGUUAGUGAAUUACUUGGACUUAGCCAUUCGUCUCACCUUGUGGAUGCUUUAACUCAACCAAGUAUUAAAGUUGGAGAUGUUUUUAUUAAAAGGAGCCAACCUUUACGUAAAACACAAGCAUCUGCGCAAGCUUUAGCUAAAUGUUUAUACGAAAGAGUAUUUAAUUGGAUAUUAGCAAAAUGUAAUAAAGCUAUUGGGAUAAAUAAUAAUGAGGAAAAUGAAAAUAAAGAAAUGAAAAAUAAUAAAUUUAUUGGUGUUUUGGAUAUGGCUGGAUUUGAAAUUAUGGAAAGAAAUUCGUUUGAACAGCUUUGUAUAAACUUCACAAAUGAACGUUUACAACAAUUUUUUAAUGAUUUUUUGUUUGUUCGAGAACAGCAAGAAUAUACUCGUGAAGGUAUUCAAUGGACAGAGCAAUCUUAUGGAGAUGAUCUCCAACCUACAAUUGACUUGAUUGAGAAGCCUUUGGGAAUACUUUCAUUAUUACAAGAAGAAUGUAUUGUGCCUAAUGGUUCAGAACUUUCGCUUUUAGAGAAAAUGUUUCAAAGAUUGUCUCAUACAGCUCCAUCUGUGUUUUCCAAAGCAAAACAGACAUCUCGAACAUUAAAUUCCGGUCAUUUCACAAUUUGUCAUUAUGCUGGUUCUGUAAUUUACAAUGUCGAUGGAUGGCUAGAAAAAAAUCGGGAUUCUGUCGAUUCAAAUAUUUUACAAGUUCUGGCCAAUUCCCAACAUCCUUUAAUUUUCCAACUUUUUACCAAUUCUCAAUUAAUUUAUUCAAAAAGAAAAGGCCCAGCAAUGGCACAAGCAAGCAUUAGCUUUGUUUAUAGAGAACAAUUAAAUAAAUUACUUGAGACUAUUAAACAAACUAGGGCACAUUUUAUUAGAUGUAUUGUGCCUAAUCAUCAAAGAAUACCCUUUCAGGUACUUUUGUGUAAUGGUGUAUUGGAAGGUAUAAGAAUAUGUCAAAGAGGUUACCCAAAUCGAGUUCGCUUUGAAGAAUUUAUCUCUCGAUAUCGAAUUCUUUCAUUUAAAAGCCAAGAAUAUCAACAGAAAAAAUUAUUAAAUGAAGAUCCUAGAAUUUUGGUUGGAAAUUUAUGUGAGGACUUGGAACUUGACGAGAAACGAUUUCAGAUUGGAAGAACACGAUUAUUUUGUCGAGUUGGACUUCUUUCUGAAUUAGAAUCUCGUAGACGAAACAAACUAAGCCAAACUUUAACUGAUUUACAAGCUUAUAUUCGUUGGUAUUGGGCACAAAUUGAAUUGAAACGGAGGAGGGAUGAAUGGGAAUCAUUAUUAACAAUUCAACAAUCACUUCGUUACUAUAUUCAACUAAAAUCUUGGCCUUGGUAUAGACUUUAUCAAAAAGUAUUUCAAUUAAUUCCUCUCGUUUUGGAUAAACGGAGAUUGAAUGAAUUGUUGGCAGAAAACAAUGAACUUAAUAGAAAACUUGAAGAAAGUAAUGAAAAAUUGCAAAAGACAAAAAGAGAUUUGAGUGAAUUUAGCGAACGCUUAGAAAAAUCAGAAAAAUCCAGAGAAGAUGAACUCUCAAAAACUCAAGAAUUACGUUCAGAAUUACAUUUAAAUGAAGAAUUAUUGGAAAGAAUGGAAAGAAAAUGGGAUGAACAACAUUUAAAAGUUAUGAGAUUAAAUAACACUUUAGGGGAACAAACUAAAGCUAUUGAAAGAUUGGAGGAGGAAAGAAAUGGAUUAAAUAAAGAAAAUGAAAUGUUAAAAGAAAAUUAUCGUCUUGAAUGUUUGGAACGUCUAUCAGUAGAACAAUCAUUAAAUAGUUCACAGGAAGAAAGUUCAAAAUUGCGUGUAGAAGCAACAGAAAUGUUAACAGAAAUAAGCCGUUUACGUUCAGAAAUUAAUUUAAGAGAUGAACAAAUACACGAACAAAAAGAAUUAAUUAACGAAAAUUUAAUACAAAUUGGGGAUUUAAAUAAUUCUAUUUUUGAGGCUAAUGAAAAAUUAAAUGAAUUACAACCUUUAUUGCAUUCUGAGAAAUUGGCUAGAAGAAGAGCUGAUAAUUUAGCUGAUGAUUUAAGCCAAGAAUUGAAUAAAAUGGGGGAGGAAUUAGAUAAAGUUAAUGGAAAAAGAGAUGCUAUGGUGAGUGAAUAUGCAUCUUUUGGUUGUCUUGAACCCAUUAAUCAUCCUUGA